UGUUUAACAGAAACAGGAACAACCGGCAUCGGUAGCGUUGUGCUCACUGCUCACUUUCUUUCACGUUGUAGGCAGUUCGAAUGCAUUCAUCAUGGCAACAGAGAAAAAGAAAUUAAAUGAGAGUGGGACCCCUACCAAAGGUCCGCUAUACUACUAUUCUAGCCUUACAUACGUCUUGAUAUUUGCUGUGAUUGGAAUACCCCUCUGGUGGAAGACAACAGCAGUGUAUAGGGUCAGUCUUCCGUACAGGGAAAUUGCGGAACUCAGCACACAAGAGAUUCAACAAUCAAUAAAUGUCAAUGUAUUGCUCAUGGAGCCAUCUAUGUCUAAUGAGACCUUCCACACAUUGCUUACCACACAAUGUGGCCUGCAAGACGCAGAAUAUCCUGGGAAGAACAAAUUUUUGUACAACUGGAAUGUGAAGAAAGCAACAGAAUUAGAAAUAAUUGCUGUGUUUGUUGCAAAAUCAGUGAAAGAUCUUGAUGCUGCGAUGGACUACAUCUUUCCACAAACUGCACAUGUGACUUUAGUCAUACUUCCAAAGCCAACGUCAAAGGGGAAACGGACUCUCACCCGAGACAAGAACUUAUACCUUGAAUUCAGCAGUGAUCUGGAAGGUUUGGCCAAAAAGGCUGUGCACACUGUGAGAAAUUAUGGUGUUAAGGAGCAUAUACUGAAACGAGUCUUCAUUUCUCCCAGCAGUCAAGAAAGAGUCAUGCCCGAGAAAGAGCGAAUGCGGCCCCUGAGUUCCGCGCCUGAGUUCGACGUGACGUUUACCCUCGUUGUUCCGGAACCACAUGUGCUGGAUGUAUCGUGGGACAUUGAGAGAGCAUUAAAAGCAUACAUGGACCCCUUCCUCGACAAGUUGGCCCUUUUGGUAAAAGUGAACGUCAAGAGUCAGAUGCUCUUCCUCACCUCUCUGGAUGUGGAAUCGCACUUUGAUAAAACGAGGCAGAUCCAUGUUUUAUCAUCAGACAAGCUGCCCCUUAUCAUAAAUCCCAUUGAGGGGCAUAUUGGAUUCCAGGCGUCGGUCAACCCUGUCGUAAAUUUUGUCGUGUAUGUCACGUCACAAGCUUAUCACCCUCUGCAUAUCUUCGAUGAGCAAGGUAAACAACUUGAAAGCAACGCAUUCUUAUCACCUAAAUGGGGAGGCUUCCUGUUUUACAACGUAGAUGAAUUCCCAAAUAAUGGCACUAUGCCUUACCCUGUUGAGGUGGAUAUGCAUAGGGUAUUCGAGGUCUUCCUCGCCCAGCUACGCCUUUUACUUGGCCUUCCUGAUACCACGGGCACAGAUGAUGAGCUAGCCACAGCAGGAGUUAAUUGCACGAAUAUGGAAAUAGAUUUUCUGCUGCGCAGGAGAACUCAGGACUACCUGUCGAUAUCUAUCUCCUCACUACAUUCACUGUCGCAGCUCCUGAGCACCAUCUCCAACAUCGUCAUCAGAGAUGAUAUUGGUGAACUUAUUUACUCUUCUGUAGAUGCAGCCAAAAGGAGCUUAGAUGACUUCAAAAAGGGAGAUCUAUUAGGUGCAUUUAAAGGGGCAGAAUCGGCAUUUGUCAAUUCUGAAAGGGCCUUCUUUGAUUCUUCACUUCUGGCCCUCCUGUAUUUUCCUGACGACCAAAAGUACGCCAUUUACAUUCCGCUCUUUUUGCCUAUGAGCAUACCUGUUCUGCUCUCACUACGACACCUCUUUUCGUACUACUACAAACGAAGAGCGGAGCGGAAGUCGUUGAAAGUCGAUUAGAUUCGUGUUCGCAGGUUCUCAUGUCGUUUAUUUACAAACUGUCAUGAUUUUUGUACAUAAUUUACGUAAGGCUUUUGCUAGCUUUCACCAUCAUUAUAAAUAACUUUAAAUUUGUUUCUACACAUGAAUAAAAUGACAUUUUGUAGUUA